AUGCGCGAGGAAUGGAGAACUCUGGUCGAGAGGAAACGUGCCGAGGGAGCCAAAGCCAUUCCGAAAGAAUGGCGGCUGUCUCCAAGCAUCCUUGAAUCUGUCAAUGCCGAUGCCGAUAUCAGCGUCCUUGACGUGCCUGGAAAGUGUGGGAUUCUAACACCAAAGGAGCUCGAGAUCACCGAAACCUAUGACGCUGUUGAUUUGACAACCAAGAUUGCUGCGAAAGAGCUUUCUGCUGUUGAGGUCACUGAAGCAUUCUGCAAAAGAGCUGCUAUCGCCCAUCAAGUGACGAACUGCUUGACAGAGAUUUUCUUCGAUAAGGCACUCGAAAGAGCCAAAUAUCUCGAUGAAUAUCUGGAGAGAGAAGGUAAGCCCAUGGGCCCGUUGCAUGGAAUGCCAAUAAGUUUGAAGGAUUCCUUCAACUUGAAGGGUACAUAUUCGACCAUCGGCUACGUCUCGUUCAUCAAACGACCGGCAGCGGACUUCAACUCACCUUUGGUUGACAUUCUUCUUCAAAAUGGCGCCGUUCUUUAUGUCAAGACUAAUCUUCCGCAAACAUUAAUGACGGCCGAUUCCGAAAACAAUGUCUUUGGCCGCGUCUUGAAUCCUCAUAAGCUCAAACUCACUGCUGGGGGUAGCAGUGGUGGGGAAGGGGCCCUAGUCUGUAUGAGAGGCUCACUUCUGGGUGUCGGGACAGACAUUGGAGGAUCGAUCCGAAUACCUGCCUUUUGCUGUGGAACAUAUGGCUUCAAGCCGUCUGUUGAUCGCAUUCCUUUUGGUGGCCAAACAAAUCCGGUGCUGGAUGGCUGGACAGGCAUAAUGCCAGUAGCAGGGCCUUUGGCCACGAGCCCCCGCGACUUGCGUCUGUUUCUCGAAACCGUCAUCAACUCAAAGCCUUGGGACUUUGACUGCACGGCCCUCGCUAUGCCAUGGCAUCCUGUUGAAGAGAAAAAGAGUCUGACUAUUGGUGUCAUCCUCGAGUGUCCCACUUGGCCGGUCCAACCACCAAUCCUGCGAGCAUUGAAGACGGCAACGGAAAAACUGAGGCAAGCCGGGCACAGCAUCGUAAUGCUCGAGAAAUUUCCAUCCUUCAAAGAAGCCAAUCAUCUGUCCUUCAAAAUGUUUGAUAUCGACAAUGAGCGCACCGGAUUCAAGCACAUUGAAGCCUCAGGAGAGCCACUGGUCACCUCCGUCAAGGACAUGUAUACACCGCCUCCUGGAGGCCGUCCCGACAAGUCUCUGGGUGAUUUGUUCGACAUGAAUGAGCAGCGGCUCAAAUUCCGAUCUGACUGGUUGAAGCUCUUUGUAGAGAACAAGUUGGAUGUUAUUGUAGCACCAGGCUCGCAUAAGACUGCUGUACCCCAUGACACUUUCAGAAUGCCACCGUAUACAGUCAUGUGGAAUCUCCUGGCGUAUCCUGCCUGCAUCAUCCCAUAUCUCAAAGCGGACAAAAAUCUGGACCUUCCCGACCACCGAAUUCCAGAUUAUCUACCGGAAGCAGUUGAUAAGGCGCCUUGUCACAUUCAGGUCAUCGCCAGAUCUGAGCACGACGAAGAGCUAAUGUCUGCCGUGGAGCUGAUAUCGAGGGCUCUGGGCGAUCCUUGA